GAGUAUAACCACAAUAGCCCAUUAUUCUCUAGCACUGCUACUGCCUCUAGAUCUAUUGGCCUAGCUAUAUAUAGUCAGUUUUGUGAGGUGUAGCUGCAUGAUCUGCAAGUAAUAAUUUCAUUCCUAUAUACUAGUCUAGACCUACUUUUUGCAAGCUGCAAGACAGAGGUUGUUGGACCAUAAGAAACUCUACUUUCAAGUUGCCAAGCAGAUCAAGGUUUCUACCCGGAACCGUCUCAGUGCCAUGGCCACCCGGUCCCCUAUGGGUAUUGAUGUGAGCUUCAGGGGAGAACAACAGGAGAAGAAAGAGAGGAGAUCAAGGAGGAGUCGACCAAGUGUUCGCAUGCAUCGAAUAUUACCAGAGGACACCUCCGUGGAAACAAAUGGGCAGCAGCAAGAAGAAGAUGAGAACAAAUCUAUCCCAGGAACGAGAGUCUUCUUUGUAAUCAAAGUUCUGUUUGGCAUAAUCUUCUUCCUCAUUGUGCUAGUGUGCACCGUGUUUAGCAAGCUCACCCUGGUUAGUCUAACGAAUAAAUUGAGGGACCUCUCAUUCUGCAACGAUACUACUGUCAAUCCAAUGUGCACGGAAAAAAUCGAAAGCUCAUUAGUUUCUCUUUACUGGCAGCUUCUCCUUGUCAUGGUGAUUCCAACUUUCAUUGUAUUUAUGCGAUCGCUGGUUUUUGGAGUUUUGGGAAAGACAACACAGACAUAUCCCUGGCCAAAAAUGAAGUCCGCAAUUUUGGGUAUAGUUGCCUCCAUUCUUGAAGUUGUAGCGAUCAGUGUGUUCGUAUUCCUGGUGAUGGCUGAACUUCCUCCCGGUAUCUCUCUCCUACUUCUCAGUGGAGUUUUUUUCUGUCAGAUUGCAAUCGAUAUCGUGUGUACCAAGAAAAUUUGCUGUGGACUGAAAUCUAAACCAUUGGGAUACAAAAAUAUAGAAGAUAGUUUGCAAGAUUCACAAGAAAAUGGAAACCUAGAUUCACAGCAAGAGGCAAUCACAGUUUCUAGCGUCCGGCUAGGAAAAGUGCGCAAGAUUCUUAGUGUUCUUAAGCUGCUGCUUGAAAAUAAGACUGUUAAAAUUCUAGCUCUCUCGCUUCAAUUCAGCAGUGUGGUUCUUUUUAUCGCUCUUUGGUGCUUUAGGUUUAUGUCAUUUUCCAAUACGGGGCUCACCACCGAUCUGUACAGGACAAGACCAAUGAUAGCUCUGCCUUUUUGUCUGUUGGUGCUGUCUGUCAUAUGGACGAACAAGUUUCAAGAUUGGAUCACGAAGAUCAACAAACAUGGUGCGUACGACGACAGAACAGCAAGAUACAAAUCAAGUUUUAUCAACUCGUCAGUUCGACUAGUAUUGUACCCGUUUGUCACCUACAUCAUCUUCCGUUACAUCACCACUCAUAAAGUAGACCCGUGGUGCAUGGUCCCUUCUGAUAGCCCUUGUUUGGAUUUCAGCGGCGACACUUUAUCGACCUUUUUAGUGCAGAUAUUCACCACUAUGUUUGCAUACCUCUUUGCUUGGAUUGCCUGUACAAUGACAUUGAGUCCAUAUGGUAUGGCAUUACCACUUCUAAUCGCUACUCCACUAUCAGCUAUUUGCUAUUACGUUCACAUGUACGGUUUCCAAUAUUUGUCUUUCCUGAGUUUUUAUAAAAGCGAAUCGAUUAUUAUUUUCGGUCAUGCAUAUCCUUGGGCACCCAUUAUCCUUGGAUUUCUGUGGGUGGGGCAAAUUCUUGGCAUCGGAUUUUACAUAUUCACAAAGAGAAACAUUAUUUUAUCUGAGGAUUCAAACAUGUUUUUAACUCCAUCUUAUGACGGUGUGUUUUUCGAACAGCAUAUGAUUUUGAACAGACAAGUGAAGAAAACAGGGGCUUCGGAGAAUGAGAUGACAUUUAUGGGAAAUGUGAUACUGAGAAGUCUAAGAACAAUCUUCAUCUGCUCUACAAUGUAUCGAGAAAAUGUGGUCGAAAUGAGACAAAUGCUGACUUCCAUAAGACGUGUAGCCUUGAAUUACGAGAGAGAGAAAAGAAUCAACCGACAAAAUUGUGACUCUUACGAAUCGCAUAUUUUCUUUGAUGGCGCUCUGAACGGAACUCAGUUGCAAGAUUUCGGACUUCAACUAUUAUCUCUUUUAGAGGAGACUCUCGAAGUUAAACCAAAAGACGGUAUAAAGAAAAUCACUCCUUAUGGAAUGUGUUUACAGUACCGUCUCAAUAAAGUUGAACCAAUGUCAUUUUACAUUCACUUCAAAGAUAAAAAUUUAGUCAAGCCGAAAAAGAGGUGGAGUCAAGUCAUGUACAUAAAUUACGUCAUCAACUACCGUAUUCAGAAUGAUCCUAAGCUAACGGCAAACAACACGUUUAUACUCACAACUGACGCAGAUAUCGAUUUCACUGCAAAAUCAGCUGUUGUUCUACUGGACAUGCUCGAAACAAACCCUAAAAUUGGAGCGGUAUGUGCCCGUACACACCCUAAGGGCUCGGGGCCUAUGUAUUGGUACCAGGUUUUCGAUUAUGCAAUAGGACAUUGGUUCCAAAAACCGGCCGAACAUUUGCUAGGAUGUGUCCUCUGCUCUCCUGGCUGCUUUAGCGUGUUUCGUUGCAGUGCUCUGCAGGAGGUUAUUGAAACGUACUCUACCCUGGCGACCAAUGGGAUGGAGUUUCUAAUGAAGGAUAUGGGUGAAGAUCGAUGGCUGUGUACACUUCUUAUCAAGAAAGGCUGGCGACUCGAAUAUUGUGCUAUUUCAGAGGACCAAACCUACUGCCCACUUGAGUUUGGGGAGUUUUUUGGACAGCGUAGGAGAUGGAUUCCGUCUACGAUUGCCAACCUGAGCUUGCUGAUUUCCGAAACUACUAGCAUCACUCGAAAAAAUGACACUGUAUCUGUUUUGUUUAUUCUGUUUCAAGCUAUUAUGGUGUUCUCUACGGCUAUCUCCCCCGCUACUGUGAUACUGUUGAUUGCCUCAGGCCUUCAGUCAGCGUUCUCUAUUUCUGAUGAACUCACCUAUUUAAUAAUUGCACUGCUGAUAUUUGUGAGUGUAAUCUAUGGAAUGGUCUGUCUCUUUGCUUCACCAAAAUCCCAAAUAGAUGUUGCAAAAGUUUUGAGUUUCAUCUUUGCAAUAGUAAUGCUAACGGUUUUCGUGGGCAUCUUGCAGGGUGUCAUACAAGACAUUUUUCCUGACCCAGAUCUCACUUUUCUCAAAUCUCCCAACUGUUCUGCUAUUACUGGACAAAAUAUCACUGGUGAUAUUGCAAAGUGCAAAGGUCUUUCAAGAUACCUCGAUUCUCUACCAAACACACUCCCACAGGGCCAGUUCAAACUACCAGUCAGUAUUAGCGUCAUCUACCUCGGUAUCUUUGCAGUUACCUUUAUCGUUGCAGCUCUCUUACACCCUACCGAGUUCACUUGCCUUUUUCAUUUUAUUUGGUAUAUCUUGGCCUUGCCCUCGGGCUAUUUGCUGUUGCUGAUCUACUCGGCUGCUAACUUGGACUCUCAAAGCUGGGGCACUCGGGAAGGCAGUAGUGGAAAGGAUAAAGGAUUGCUCGGAUGGGGAAAGUACUUCAAAAUAGCGUGGAACAAACUUGUGUCUUGUUGUGUUCAAACUCGGUGUUGUAAGCCCGAUCAAGAUAUUGAAAAUAUAACCACCGCCAAAGAGGCACCAAAGAAAGAACAAGAAGACAGCAGCUCAUCACAUGAGCACCACUCUAUGGCUGAUAUAGACUAUGUUAAAAUGAGUAAAGAAGCUCGGAAAUGGUUACUGAAGAACGGUUGCAGUGAGGACUAUGUUCAGAUGUUCUCUGAGAAUGGAUACACCACCGAACACUACAUUGCAGCUAUGGCACUCAAAGAUCUUGAGGAGAUUGGAAUCGACAAGAGAGGGUUUCGACUUCGUCUUGCCAAGGCAGCCAAGAGGCUACCUGGUCUGCCCAUACACGUGGAUGUUCCAGAGGAUGUAGGAACAUGGUUGAGAAAUCUUGAGAUGACCGAGUACACACAGCUGUUCAUGUCCGAAGGUUAUGAGGCGGGGGAGGAUAUCGAGAAUUUGAAAGGCCUCACAAAGAAAGAUUUGCAAGGGAUGGGGAUCACAAAAAGAGCUCAUUUGCAGCGCCUGACAAAGGCACUACACAGUCUGGCAUACCCCAAGGAAGUUGAGCUACAAAUGUACCACACUAAAGGAGUGAUAGAAAAUGUUAGUGACGUGCCGCUGAGCAACGAAGAAACUCAAUUCUGGAAAGACUUGAUUGUCAAGAAGCUCAAACCAGUCUCAACACAACUCACCGCUAUUGAGGAGAUCAAGGAGUCACUACGCAGUCUAAGAAACACGGUCCUUGUGGUUCUGUUCCUUGUGAACAUCAUGUGGAUCAUUGCACUCUCCACUUUUAAAUUUCCGAGACUGGCUGAUUACGGUAUUGACCCGAGGGCGUUUCAGUUCUUGUUUCUGUUUGUGUACGGCUUCAUCAUCAUUGUGCAGUUCUUGAUGAUGAUCUGCCACAGAGGGAUCACCUUGGUGCACUAUUUUGGACGAGUUAGACCUUAUCAUGUUGUCAUACCUCCCACCGGUCAACUAGACUUUUUGAAUGUAUCUUUAAAGCAUCCAUACUAGAUAGUAUUGUGUUUGUGUGUUUUUGUGGAUGAUACUUUAUGAUUUAUUAUACAGUUUUACAACAGACAAUCUUUCCCCUAA